AGAAAAAAGAUAGACCCACGUGACAGGAGGGAGCAGAGAUAAGAUUGAAGAGUAAGUCUAUAAGUGAGAGUUGGAGAAAAAGAUUUAAAAUUUGAGAUGGAAAGAGAAACAUAGUUUGAGACAGAGAAAGAUUCAUAGUUUGAGAGUUUCAGGGAGAGAAUGAGACGCAGAGGAGGUGAAAUCGAUGACGUUCGUGCGUCCAAACUCUAAGGCCUAUCACCGUCGUCGUCGAAUGUGCGUCGUUGUUGUGCCUGGAACAUCGACUUCUCACCUAUAGAUCUGCCAAUGGCAAGUCUUUUCCCAUCAGCUACAAUAUAUUAUGGUUGUGUGAACUGUGGAGCUCCUAAAUCAUCUAAGCUGCAAAAUGCCAGUGUUAUAUUAUGUAGGGACACAGUUAUGAACACCUUUGUAAAAAUGGAUGGAGAAAAAGUUCUAUUUUAUGGGCAAAGCAUACCAAAUUUUAGAAAUCAUUUCUCGAGGAAUACUAAUUUGGAAGUAAAUGCUACAUCACGGAUGUCUAUUCCAUUUAAGCAAAGAUUUUCAACAAAGACUGAAGCUGAAGAACUAGAUAAGGCAUCAACUUAUCUCUUCAGGGCAGAAGUUGAUGGGCUGGUGAAAGUUAUUGUCAAAAAGAAAAGUGUUAAUUGUGCUGUGCGGAUUGAAGUUUCAUCCUUACAACUGUCUAAUAGUGAUGAUACCUUGAUUCUAUAUUGGGGAAUAUUUAGAGGUGAUUCAUCCAAUUUCAUGCCUAUAGAAUUUAAUACUUCGGCCCCUGAUGAAAGAGCUAUUGAAACUCCAUUUUCCAAGACUUCUUUUGGCAGGUUUGUUGUAGAGAUGGAAUUUGAGGCUGAGAAUAUCCCCUGCUAUCUCUCUUUUCUUUUGAGAUCUUCAAUUGGUAAUGAUUCAAGAGACUUAGAAAUAAGAAGUCAUAGGAAGACAAAGUUUUGUGUUCCCCUUGGUUUUGAUUCAGGCUACCCAAGUCCUUUGGGUCUCUCCUUUUUGCAUGAUGGUUCCAUGAAUUUUGCCAUUUUUUCCAGAAAUGCAGAAAGUGUGGUUUUGUGCUUCUAUGAUGACACUAAGUCUGAUAUUCCUGCUUUGGAGCUUGAUCUAGACCCAUAUGUCAAUCGAUCAGGUGAUGUUUGGCAUGCUUCAUUCAAUAAUGCUCAUAGUUUUGUGAGCUAUGGUUAUCGACUGAAGGGGACACAUCUAGAGGGAAGGAAAGAUAUGUUGGAAUCUUCACACAUAAUUUUGGACCCAUAUGCCAAGAUCAUUAUGAGUUCUGCUUCUGGUGAUCAUAGAACUGGGCCACAGUAUCUUGGACAGUUGUCCAAGGAACCUGGUUUUGACUGGACUGAUGAUAUGCAUCCAAACUUACCAUUGGAGAAACUAAUGGUGUAUCGAUUAAAUGUGAAGCGUUUUACUGAUCACAAGUCUAGUCAGCUACUUCACAACAUAGCAGGUACCUUUUCUGGUUUGACUAAAAAGUUGGGGCAUUUUAAAGAUCUGGGUGUAAAUGCAGUUUUAUUAGAACCUAUUUUCCCAUUUGACGAGAAAAGGGGGCCAUAUUUUCCUUGUCAUUUCUUUUCACCUAUGAAUAUUUUUGGACCUACUGGUGACACUAUAUCUGCGAUAAAUUCGAUGAAGGAGAUGGUUAAGAAAUUGCAUGCCAAUGGAAUUGAGGUACUACUGGAAGUAGUUUUCACUCAUACUACUGAUAAUGGAGCGCUUCAAGGAAUUGAUGAUUCAUCCUAUUAUUUGAAUGGGUUGGAGGAUCGGGAACCAUUAACUUCUUUAAACUGUAAUUUUCCUAUUGUGCAACAAAUUAUAUUGGACAGUCUUCGCCAGUGGGUGACAGAGUAUCAUAUUGAUGGUUUUUGUUUCAUAAAUGCUUCUUCUCUAUUGCAAGGGUCUCGUGGAGAGCACUUAUCCCGCCCUCCUUUGGUUGAAGCAAUUGCUUUUGAUCCUCUACUCUCAAAGACCAAGAUCAUAGCAGACUGCUGGGAACCCCGUGGUAUGGUGGAAAGAGAAACAACACCUUUUCCUCAUUGGAAGAGGUGGGCAGAAAUGAACAUGAGAUUCUGUUAUGAUGUUAGGAACUUUCUGCGAGGUGAAGAACUCCUUAGCAGCCUUGCCACAAGACUUUGUGGGAGUGGGGACAUUUUUUCAAAAGGGCGGGGUCCAGCAUUCUCUUUCAAUUUUGUUACUAGAAAUUCUGGACUUCAUCUUGUCGACCUUGUCAGCUUCAGUGAUGAUGAGUUAGCUUCAGAGUUAAGUUGGAAUUGUGGGGAAGAAGGUCCUACAACCAAUACGCUUGUCCUUGAAACUCGGCUUAAACAAAUCCGCAAUUUCCUUCUUAUCCUGUAUGUUUCUUUAGGUGUUCCUGUUCUUAAUAUGGGAGAUGAGUGUGGACAAACCGCUGGCGGUUCUAUUGCCUAUAGUGAUAGAAAAUCAUUUGACUGGAAUGCAUUGAAAACAGAUUUUGGCUGUCAAGUUACACAGUUUAUCUCUUUUCUGAGCUCAUUGAGGCACCGGAGAAGUGACCUUCUUCAGAAGAGGAAGUUCUUGAAAGAAGAAAAUAUUGAAUGGCAUGGAAGUGACCAGUCUCCGCCAAAAUGGGAAGAACCAACCUGCAAAUUCCUUGCCAUGAGUUUGAAAGUUGAUGAAGAAAAAGUGAAGAACCAAACAUCUUCUUCUUCUUCUUCUUCAAAGGGUGAUUUAUUUGUAGCCUUCAAUGCUGCUGACCAUUCAGAGUUGGUUUUUCUACCCACGCUAGCUGAAGGAAUAGUAUGGCAAAGAUUGGUUGACACGGCUCUUCCAUUCCCAGGGUUUUUCUCAACAGAUGGUGAGCCUGUCAUUAUGCAGAAGGCAGGAUUAUUUACUUAUGAAAUGAAGUCCUUCAGCUGCACCCUUUUUGAAGCCAUAAGCAAGUAGUGGAAGAUGAGUAUUCAGUACACUUAGAUCUUAUUGCUAUCCAAGUUUGAUCAUUUUCUUGUAAAUUAUACUAUAGAAAUAAGCGUGAAAGUGCAGUAGAGUAUUCGAGUACAUAGCAGUUUGUUCAAAUCUCUGUUUUGUAAAUCAAUAAAGUUCAUCACUUCCUUUUUAAGUGAGAUUAUUGUUUUAUUUUAUCAAUAAACAAUGAAUUAUGGA